UCUCUCUCCCCAGUGCGUUGAGUCAGAGUGCGGAGGAGGACGGGACGGCAGACGGACCCGGGGAGGUCUGACGACACCGCUGCGGCUCACGCGCACCUAUUUUAAAUGCACAGACUGCUCCAUUCAGGCGCACGCUCUCAUGUCUGGCUUUGAUUUACGGGGACAACCUGGAGAUCUAUAGACAGGCUGUCACACUGCAAGACAUGUGUGCAACUUCUGCUGCCAAGACUCAAACUUAAAGGACCUGUGGACGCGCAGCAUGUGUAAGUGUCCAUGACAGACUCUGCAGUAGUUCUCAGCGCUCCAGUGUAGGAAUGGAUAACACAUGUUUCUUCAUCGGGGUUCUUCAUCAUUUCGUGAUGCAUCUGUGAAGGAAACAUCCAGCCAACGAAAGGAGGACCUCAGACCAGAAGCGGCUCUACCUGCAACCUGCUCCCCGGCUGACACAAUGCUGUGCUGCAGCCACCUGCUCUCGCUGGCGGCGCUCCUGGCGAUCGUGAGCGGCGGAGGAGGCGGAGGAGGGGAGCAACGGCGGGGGGCGGACAGCGGCGCAGGUGGCGGCGGCGGCGGCGCCAACAGGCGGCUGCACAAGAUCCAGCACGGCCAGUGCACCUACACCUUCAUCCUGCCCGAGGGAGACGGAGCCGGAGGCGCCUCCUGCAGAGACGCCAAAGCCGGCAGCCCUCACCACAGCACCAACUCCCUGCAGAGGGACGCGCCGCCGCCGGGGCCAGACUUCCCCAGCCAGAAGAUCCAGCAGCUCGAGCACAUUAUGGAGAACUACACGCAGUGGCUGCAGAAGAUUGAAAACUACAUUCGAGAGAGCGUGAAGAUGGAAAUGGCUCAACUGCAGCAGAGCGCCGUCCACAACCAAACGGCGGCCAUGUUGGAAAUGGGCACCAACCUUCUUUCUCAAACGGCUGAGCAAACGCGCAAGUUGACUGACGUCGAAACACAGGUUCUGAAUCAGACGUCCAGGCUCGAGAUCCAGCUCCUGGAAAAUUCACUUUCCACUAACAAGCUGGAGAAGGAGUUAAUGGUCCAGACCAAUGAAAUCAACAAACUCCAUGAUAAGAACAGCCUUUUAGAGCAAAAGAUGUUAGAGAUGGAGAUGCGCCACCGCGAGGAGCUGGAGACGCUGAAGCAGGAGAAGGGAAGCCUACAGGUCUUGGUGGGGAAGCAGAGUGGGGUUAUCAGGGAUCUGGAAGCCCAGCUGAGCAAGGCCACAGGGAACAGCACAGCUCUGCAGAGGCAACAGCAGGAGAUGAUGGAUACUGUCCACAACCUGCUCAACCUCUGCUCCAAAGACGGAGUUGUGCCAAACAGCACCAAGGUCACGGAGGAGGAGAAGAAGCUCCGCGACUGCGCCGACCUCUACCAGGCCGGCAUCCACAAGAACGGCGUUUACACCAUCCAGGUCAAUUCACAGGAGACCAAAAAGGUUUUCUGCAACAUGGAAACGGCCGGUGGUGGGUGGACGGUCAUCCAGCACAGAGACAACGGCAGCGUGGACUUCCAGAGAACGUGGAAGGAGUACAAGAUGGGUUUUGGGAGCGUGUCCGCGGAGCACUGGUUGGGCAACGAGUACGUGCACCAGCUGACCGGCCAGAGGCAGUACGCGCUGCGCGUGGAGCUGACGGACUGGGAUGGGCACCAGGCCUUCUCGCUCUACGACCGCUUCCAGGUUGGCAGUGAGAAGCAAAACUACAGAUGCCAGACUCCCUCAGAUGUGGAAAACUGCAGCAAAUUCCAGAGUUUCGAGCAAAAAUCUGGCCUCGGAGGAGGUCGCCUGACAUCUCCAGUACAACAGUUUCCACUGGAGGGUUGGUUCUGUCUGAUAAGAGGUCGCCUUAGUUGCAAUGUGUCUUGCAUUCGUCUAUGAAUGAUGAAAUAAGAAACAAGAUUGUGUUGCCUAAAAGACCUUUUCCUCAAUUCUUCUAUUUCUCUUAGCAAAGCUCUGGAGAGGAGCGCAGGGAGGCCAUUACGCUAGAUGCCAUGUCCAAUUUAAAGAAUUGUCUUGCAUUGACAGGGGGUUGACUUCUUGAGGAGUUUCCACCUGGAGCGUGUAGGAAGAUGGAUUAGAAACAAAUGGGAAAUAAAUAUAUAGAAUGGGAAAUAAUAUAUAUACAUUUAUAUAUUGAUAUAUUGAUAUAUAUAUAUUCUGAAUUCAUUCAAUGUGUGACCUCAUUGUGAGGAUGUACAGUAGUGUAACUGAGGAUACGUCCAGUCUUCUUUCUGCCUUGAAAAAUACCGAUCGAUUUUAAAAUUUUGAGGUCUAUUUUUUGUGGUAUCCAAGACAACGUUGCCACUUUUGUUAAGCCUUAUCAUUUUAUUGAUUGUGCGAAAUUAAACACGUCAAUAUCCCCCCGGCUCAUUUUCUCCAUCUUUAGAGGCAGACCCGUGGAAUAGAUGUCCAGUCAACAUGCAGAUGUCUAUAAAUAGAUUUGUUCUUGAAAAUAGUUGUGGUAUGAUAAUAACACAGUGCUGCUCUGAAACACAGGCCAAAGCAAGCCAGAUGGCCUGGCCCCGAACAAACCCACCCUGCCGCCUUCCCCUUUCAUUCCCCUCUGGCACCUCCUCGCUUUUAAAUGUCAAAUAAUCUGCGACAAGCGCUCCAGAUUGCAUUUAUUGCUCUGACACAUAGGCGAUAGUCGUAAGCGAUAUGACCGGUCCACUAGUUUCGGAUUGUUUUCUUGCCAUCUGCUCUGGUUUACUGGAACACAGCCUGCGUCAGCGAGAGGCAGACCUCAUAUGGUGCAGUGACUCGGCCCUUUGCUCCGUCGUACAAAGACACACAACCCGCCUCACUGUAGGGAUUAAAACAUGUAACUCAUCCAAGGCACAAGCACCACUUGAAGGCCUGUUAGAAUAAGAGAAGACCAGAGGGGAUGCUGACGACUCACCAUUUUUCAUAAAUAAUAUCGUGCAUCUCCAGCCAGGAAACGCAUGUCCUGCUGCCAGCCGGGUUUCAUCCACUCUACGUAUUGCGUCAAACAGGAAUUGCGGUAAUUUUGCAGGAAGGGAGGGAGGUGUGCAAAUAUUACUUGUUGAAAAAGGGCCUGGUAAUCUUUUAUAAGUGAAGUCAUGUACAUGGAGUCAUAUUCUAAGCUAAAAGACUCCAACAACAGCACAGUGGUUAAAGCUGUACAACAGUUGAAGACUAAAUUGAACACUGUAGUUUCCAACAAUGAAGGUCUUUAGUAUUUGCAUAAAGUACAUCCAUCAUAUCUGACACAAACAAUCUCCGUUCAUGUGAACGGACGGAUGCCCAGACUUAACUCUCUUAAUUCUGCCCUAAGCACAAGUCUAAUUGUGAAAACAGAGACCCAGACAGAGUCCAAGCUCAUUUCUAACAGUGUGUUAGCACCAAGGAAAGCCCCCGAUUCACAGCCGCCAAAAUUAGAACCAUAUUUGCAGAUUUAAGUUGCAACAGCACGCGUGAUCUCCAUAGGUUUCAUUUUUCUGGCGAGUGUCAGACUUUUUAUACCUAAAUUAUGUCCAUGUGACAUUUAUAUGAGUAGAACUCCUACACUGUCAUUCUGAUCAAUUCAAAUCUAUAAUCUCUUGUGGUUUCAGGUGUCUCUGUUGAUGUUCACUGCUUUUAAAGACAUGGUCAUCAUUAGAGUUGACUGAGUAGAACAUUAGAGCAGGAAACGAUAGCAGCCACAUAAGAGGAAUCUGACAUGAGCCAUGUUGUUUUAAUGAUUGUACAAAGCCUGUGGACACUAGUUUCAGGGGUGAAUUUGGGUUCAGUGGGUUAAGUUUCGAUUAAACCACAAAGUCAUAAUGUUGUGAAAUGAGCCCUGUUGUUUAUUUUUUGUUUUUUGCUCAUUGUGACUAAGGUUGCCAUAAUUGCAGGGGUUACUAUCUUUAUAAACAGCAGAAAAAGGCCCCUGUCAUUAAAGAUGAUUAGGCUGCAGCGCUGCAGCAUUGGCUCAGAAAGGAAAAUAAUGAAAUCAAAUGUAAUCUGAUGACCCAAAAAUGUUGUUGGAACAAUAAACUUAAAAUGAACACAUUCAGUUAAUAACAGUCAUCCAUCAAAGUUUCUUUGUUUUACUUUGAUUGAUCCUACUGUGCUUAGUGUCGAAAUGCAUAACGGGAAAAAUUAAGUCAAGCAAAAAAGUUAAAUAAUGAAGAGACACAAGUAUAGUAUACACUGAAAAAAAGUGUGUUACACAACACGUAAUGCUGUUACUGUAAAGAGCUACAAACUGUAAUGACACGUGCUUUCAGGCAGAUGACCAGGAUCUGAACCGUCUUAUAGUUAUUUGACUCACAGCUCAGGGAUGUACAGUAUGCGCAGACACAGGUUGAGGUUUACAGGGUUUAGUCUCAGCGUCGGAGACCGGAGACGUGCCUGUUUAUUUUUGAACCAACCGUUACAUUUUGAUUCAGAAACCUGUCUUUUUCAGACAGCCGGGCUCUUGAAUCAUGAGAUUUCUAAUAGCCUGCGUCCCCCCGGACGCAGAUAGACCUUUCAUAUGUUUUCCAUGUGGGGAUAAAGAAUAAAUUGGCAGAGAUUUGGCUUCCAAAACACGGUGAUUUCUAUUGUUUCCAAGGCUCAUGCUGAGAUAAGUUUUUUCUACUUGAACCCAGUCAUCAUAAGCUCCUAGUUUCCCUUUAGGAGAGUUGCAUAGAAAUGAAGUUAAAGUUUACCUGUAACCAAAUGUAUUAUUUAAAAUUAUUGGCAGGUAUCUGCCUUGUACCAGUGGAACCCUCCUGGCUGUUACUGUGAUGUAAAUCUACUCUUCACUGGAUUUGAACCAUUGUUCACAUAUUUUGCCCAGAGAAAAUUACGAUUUUGAACACAAGAAGCGUUGGCUUCGUCCAAGAGCUCCAAGCAGGUCGUCUGCUUCGGUAUCUGCUUCACGUGUCAGAGGAGCUACAGUAAAUGGCGGUGUGUGUCAGCAGAGCUCCGCCUGCCAGACACCUCCACGGCCUCCCAGUAGGAAACGAGCCAUCGGUCAGGGUGAUUAACCUCUGCAAUGGGCCAAUCAGAGCGCGGUUCAGGAGGCUAAUCGCUGCCAUGUGUCUAACAGCAUGCGCUCGACUCCGACUCUGAGCUGCCACCUUCACCUACGCAGGGGAAAUCAAGCUGGCACGACCUUUGGAAACUGAAAAGGUUCCAAAAUUCACUCAAACAAAUCAUUCAUUACAAUUAGGAAUAAAAAGGGAAAUUUUGUAUUUUGGUUGUAAGAGUCCUUUAAUGACUAUAAGCACUGAUGCUCAGUCACAGUGAGUGACUGAGAAGGUAACGCACCGACUUCUCCCCAUUGUUUAAAUGGAGUAAAUGAUUCUCUUCAUGGCUCAAUAUUUUGCUUUCAAAUGAGUCUUGACCAAUCGUAUCUCCCAGCUUCAACAGGAACCAUCAGGUGAGCGCUUGUUUCUUGGUAAUUUGCUGCCUGGCUGCGCAGAUGCGUGCGUCCCGAUGCGUUUCAUUACCAUAAAUCACGAGAUGCCCCAAACGUCUGUGGUCUCCUCCCGCCGGCAGAGAAAAACGGCUCCGCUAAAAGCGCGUCGUCCUCUUGAAUUCAUCACUUGGCUCAUCUGUGGGAUUCUGCGCCUCUCACUGAGCGCAUAAUGGGCCCUGACAGGAAGAGCAGCACAUGGCGGCGUGGUGAACGCGUGACGCAGCCGGUAAACACAGCCACAGACUAUUUAAAGGAUCCUGUCAAAGUGUCAGCACGAAAAUCCCCGUGAUGUGCUCUGGAGAACGGAGGGCGAACGGCCUGAAAGCCUGUUCUUUCUCAGAGCGGUAGCAGACUUCACACUUGACACAUCGUGUUUUACUCCUCACUAGCAGGAAUUAGCUAAUAGACGUCCCGCUACCCGUAAGUGAGGCAGUUUGUUGGAAUGUGAGUCCACAACCGCUAAGUGUCCCAUAAAGCAUGUGCUGCCCAGUCGACACCAGACAAUACUUCAGCCCGUGUCACAGAUGAUGCGGUGUUCCCAGGAACCAUUGGGCCCGGGUCCAGACUCAGCCGCGUCCAGUGGCCGUUCGGUGCCAUCAGACAGAACCCCCCGCGUCGGAGCGUUGCAUGUAUUUGCUCAGUGGUUUAAAGAAUUCCCCACACUUUUCACUUCAUCGUACAAAUAAGCAGCUGUAUAAACACAGGAGUCGUUCACAUUAAACGGCUUCUGUGAGAGCUUCAAGCUGACGCCUCACACACAACGCACUGUUCGGAACACUGCGAACGGGGUGCAGGGCUCCCUGGACUCACAGUGGACUGGCACCUAUGACCACCAGACGUCUCCCUCUGUGACACAUGGACACAGACAAAGGCAAUAGUGCCCCCUACAGCAGCUCAAACUGGAGCAGGCGAAGGAACGCAGGGAAUUUAAUGCGUUAGAGUUUAGCUGCUGAGUCUGGAAAGCGAUGACAGUCUCCUCAGCCUCAGGUUCCAUCCAGUUUGGAUCAUUCUAGGCUCAGCCCUCCCUCAGAGCUCUAACACAAUGUAGAAUGCACCCUUAGCUUCCUGACACAGUCUGUUUGAAUUGGCCUCUUCAAACAUAUAGAGGAGUGAGUGCUUUAACACACGACCACUCUCAUCCCAGAGAGAGCAGAGCUGCUGUACCUGUGGCUGCAGGUCGCUAUUGUGUUAACAAUUGAUUCAUGUCUGUUAUUCUGGUGUAAAUUAAAUUACUGCAGUGCGGUGAAUGUGAUUCCCAGACAUUUCCAACUCCCUGUCACCUCCUAAUCAUUUCCAUCUCUUCUAUGUCUUUAUCUUAUAUCCUCUUCACUGCGUUAAUGUUGUUCCAGGUGUUCUAUAUGCACUUAAUCACAACAAAAAGUAAAUACGUCCCCGGAGACGCGUCUUUGUGCUUGUUAUGUCUUCAUGCUCGCUCUGCCUUGCUCCUCUCACCCUUCCUCCCCCUGAUGUGUUUUCAUGUCCUCGCUCCCUCGUCUCCCCCCCUCCUGAUGU